UCUGCAAAAUUAACUCUCAAAUAUUCAAACCACAUUUCAUUAUUUCAUUUUUUUCAUAUAUAAAUCCCAUUAACUUUUUUCAUCAAAAAGCUCAUAGUUCACUCCGAAAUAUUCCAAUUUCCAAAAUUUCAUUCAUUCUUUUUCCAGUUUGUUUCAGCAAAAUGAUGUUUGAAAACAAUGAAUUUAUGAAUGAUUUUGAACUUCUUGAAUCAAUAAGACAACACUUACUUGAAGAUUGGGAAUCUCCUGUUACAUCAAUUUCUGAACAUUCUACUUCUCUUUAUUGCCAGAACAAUAAUAGCAUUGAGACUCAAAUGUUUCCUAAUUUAUUUUCUGAUAAUUGGGAAAAUUUCCCAAUGAAUGAAAAUGACACAGAAAACAUGUUUAUUCACAACAAUGCCAUUAAUGAGCCUUCAGCAUCAGCAAUCAAAAUUGAGCCUGAAGUUAGUGUUAGCAAUAGCAUUGACACCCAAAUGUUUCCUAAUUUCUUCUUUCAUAAUUGGGAACAUGUCCCAAUGAAUGAAAAUGACACAGAAAACAUGUUUAUUUACAACAAUGCCAUUAAUGAGCCAUUGACACCCAAAUGUUUCCUAAUUUCUUCUCUCAAUUGGGAACAUGUCCCAAUGAAUGAAAAUGAAAGCUUAAUGAGCCUGGAAGCCAAAGAAAGCUCGGCAUCAAAAUCAAUACAUUACAGAGGAGUAAGACAGAGGCCAUGGGGAAAAUUUGCGGCGGAGAUUAGGGAUCCUGCGAAGAAUGGGGCGAGGGUUUGGCUAGGGACGUACGAGACGGCGGAGGACGCGGCGUUGGCUUAUGAUAAAGCGGCGUAUAGGAUUCGGGGUUCACGUGCAUUGUUGAAUUUUCCAUUAAGGGUUAAUUCGGGUGAACCUGAACCGGUUAGGGUUGGUUCGAAGAGGUCGUCGAUAUCGCCAGAGAGUUCUUCGUCCUCGUCGUCGGACAAUGCAUCGACUAAGAGGACGAAGAAGGUUGCUCAACUAUAUACUUGAGCAGAUAUCGGUAAAACAAGUGCGGAAUUUGGGAUUUUUUAAAAUUUUAUUGAUCCAUUUCUGAAAUCUCUUUGUAGAACUUUCUUCUUCUGGGGAGAACUGAAGAAGUGAGAAUUAAAGAAUUUGUGAUUUUGUUCUCUUUUAACAUUUAAUUUGGUUGAAUGUAUUAAAUUUUUGAAUUAAUAUCAAUUAUUUUUAAAGAAAAAACUGAGGAA